CCACCACAAACAAACAGAGCCUACCACGUAAGUUUAGCUAUAUUUUGGCUUACAUUUUGCCUUUUUUUUCUAAGUCUUAAGAACUUAGGUUUCUCAAAAUGAGCCACGUUGACGUUAAAAACCUGAAGCCUACGAGCUUUGAGGAUCACUACUACGAUGAAUAUGAUUAUUACAACCUAACAGACAGAUACACAGAGAGCACGAGCCGCAAAGGCAAGACGAAGAAGGAGGCAAGUUGCAACACCAACCGCCCCAGCCCGGGCGGGCACGAGCGCAAGAUCGUCGAGAAGCUCCAGAACGCCGAGAAGAAGGCCAAAGAGUGAAACGAGAGAUUUAUUCGGACGGCUUGAUCUGGAAACCGACCUGUGGCGCCUUGGCGUCGGAUUGCAAAAAAGCAGAGGAUGUGAUACAUGCCCUCCGGUUCUAGUGCAGGGUGACUUCUGAAACGACCCUCGGUGGCCGGUUUGUGGUUUGGACGUGCGCGUGCACAGCACACCUGAGCAGGUGGACGCAGAAUGCAUUGAUGAGCGCGUGCUGGGUGAUCAGUGAUGCUUUUCGUCAUGAUGUUUUUUUUUUUUUUUUUUUAAUACACAUUUCUAUGAUACUUUAACUCAUAAAAAAUAAUAAAAUCUUUUUACAAUA